AUGAAGAGUUUGCUGGAAAUAAAUUUAGCCAACAAUCACUUAUAUGAGCUUGCUCAAAAUGGCACAAAGGGGAUUGGACUCUUACCCAAGGUGGAAGUACUGGACUUGUCCCACAACAGGCUGUACAAUGGGGCGGCAGAGUAUUUCAUUAAAGAAGCUCCAUCACUGCAGUAUCUGUCCUUGGCAGACAACAGUAUUAUAAUAAUAUCACAAAAGAUGUUUGAGGGAUCUCCCAGUCUUGUGGAGAUAGAUCUUCAGAGCAACAUCAUAACGGAAAUAGAAGAAGGUGCUUUUGAGACUCUAGUGAGCCUGUCCAAACUCAGUCUCUCAAAGAAUUCAAUUAUUUGCAUCUCUGAUUUUAACCUCAGGCAGCUGGAGAUACUUGACCUUAGCAGGAACAGCAUUGAGACUUCCACACCACAAAAUCUUGAUGAAUAUAGCUUAAGGUGUUUGGAUCUGAGUGAAAACAAACUAUUUCAUUUCCCAGUGUUCCCUCAGGUAAACAAGCUGGUAACUCUGAAUUUAUCAAAGAAUUUAAUCCAGCUCACUGCUGAAUCCCCUCACAAUAAAAUGGACUAUGUGAAAAAUGAAUGGCUAAAUGCUUUUCCAUCUUCUUGAUCAGAGCAAAGUAGAAACAAAAGUUCUCUUUAUUUAUCCCAGCUUGUAUAUUUAGACUUAAGUCAUAAUGAAAUCAAAUCAAUUCCAGAUGGGUUCUUUGAAUCAAUGUUGUCCCUUCACACCCUUAAUCUCAGUAAAAACUGUCUUCAGGCAUUUGCAGUAAGUUAUGACAGUGCACUGAUUUCUUUAACUGUCCUUGACUUGAGCUACAAUGCUUUGCAGAGCCUUCUCCUAGAUGCUGGUGCAUUGCCAAAUUUGAAGGAGCUCUAUAUUCAAAACAGUUGUCUUCAAACACUGCAGUUUGACAUCUUCUUAAAUCUUUCUAGCCUUAGACUGCUUAAUCUACAAAGCAAUAAUAUCAGCCUUUGCAGCAUGUACUCAGGAUUAGCUAAACAAAGACUUGCUGGAGAGGAAAAUGGUUGUGUUUCAUUUGUCAGUUCUCCUACUCUUCAGUACUUGUACCUAGCUGACAACAUGCUGAACAUCCUACCAGCAUACAGCUUCUACAAGACUUCUCUGGUUGUCUUGGACCUCUCCAUGAACCCUGGACUGAAAAUAGAACUUAAAGCAUUAUCAGGUCUGGAAAAGUCUCUGGAAUGUUGUAAUAGCCUGAUAGAUUUAAAUAUUGACUUGCCUUGUUUUAGUCACCUUAAACAUUUAAACCUCUCUGAAAAUCAGCUGAACUGGCUGCCUAAGUGGAGUAGUGACUCUCCACUAGAAGUUCUGGACCUACGGAACAACAUGUUCAGUACAUUACAGAACAGCAAUAUUUUAGCACUAGAAAAUUCACUUAAAAACUUGUAUCUCACUGGGAACCCACUCAGCUGCUGUGGAAACAUCUGGCUUUCAUCUAUGAUCCAGAACAAAAAUGUCCAGAUCCCCAACGUAGAACAUUUAACGUGCCAGCACACUCAGAAUUUCGGGUACCAGGACAAAAUGCACAUCAGGAACAUUAGACCAGAAGACUGUGAAAAAAGAGGACUGAAGAAAAUCAACUUCCUUAUUAUAUUAACAUUUGUGUUGGUUUUAUCUGUGAUCAUCAUUGGUGUGGGUUCAUUUUUUUGCUUCCGCAGGCAGAACUUUAGCCAUCAGUUUAAAGCAUAG